AUGUCGUCACAAAAAACAAGUGACAAAUCUUCGCCAAGGAAGCGUUCUCCGCGCAAACAAGUCAGGUGGCCAGUUAAGAAAACCUCCGAUGGAAAGAGACAGACUUCGAAACCUCAAACGAGCAAUGCCGGAACGCAGAGAACUCUUCAGCAUUUCUUCUCGAAGCAGCGAGAGAAGUCCGAGACUACAACUGCUCUCCAAAAUAACGGGAGUCAGAACGCACCCCUCGAGAUAUUCGAUAGUAGUGACGAUGACGUCGUUGAGGAAAAGUUCGAGGACAAGAGAAGAGUUGUGAAGAAUUUAUUUAAUUUCUCUCCGGAUGUGAACGGUCCAGUCGGAACCGAUGGUGAGAUGAAAAUACUGAAAAUUGAGUCGAUACAAGAGCCUGGGCCACAGAGCACGCAAAUUCCGCAGGGUGUCGUUCUGUCUCCGAUCAAGGAGCCGAACAUCGAUUUCCAUCGAGACGACACCGAUGAAAUUAUGGGAGCUCUGCCCGACAUCAAACCGGAGAAAAAACGUAUUUGGACACCCGAAGCCGAUACUUUCGCAAAGAUAUUGGAGGAGACUCUUCAAUACAACUUGUUCUGUGAGGACGAUCUCAAUUUGCUGAGGAACUUCAAGGAGAUCAACAAGCAAACCCAAGAUAUUUGCCUCCGAUUGUAUCAGCGAAAACACCAGUGGAUUCCCCGGUCCAGAAUCACAUACGCAGUGGAGGAUAUAGAGGCUAGCUUGGCCGAAGCGGUCGCAAAGGGAUUUCUUGAUGACAAGUCAAAAGUGGACGAUUUGGAUCUCGUAUUGAACUUGCUACCUCUCAAGGAUGCCUCAGCUCUGGCGCGUAAAUUCUGCGAUCACAAGUCCUCGACGAAAUCCGGUGCCGUUGAAGCGCUCUUGGCUCAUUCGAAACGGAAAGAUGUUCUCUUCGGGUCGCAACGAAUCCGUCUGAGUAUUCUGAGAGGUGCUCAAGAAUUAUUGGAGCAAUGUUACUUCGUCGUGCCCCGAUUCGCCGAAACCGUCACGAGGGUUCUUACGUUGUUCUCGCUCGGAAGCCAUUUCGAUACCUUCUCAUCGGCUGUCGAUCGUAAUGAUCACGGCUGCUGUCAUCUUUUCACUAUCGGCCAGUACCUGAAGGGAGCCUUUACAUUUCCCGAACACGAGACCCAAGCUCUUUUUGAGCAUAUAUUCAAAACGCCACAAGACUUCAUGCUGUAUAGCGAUGCGCGCGUCCGCAACUCCCACGUAUAUAAAGCGGUGGAAAGCAAUAGAUUCGAUGAGGCGAUGGAGAAAUUCGAAAAGAACUUCGAUUGGUUCGUAUUGAACUACACAACCCAAAAAUUCGAAGAGGACGCCAACUUACCUCUCUACCUCCAUCGGUUCACGUUCACUUAUUGCUUUUUGAGGUUCCUCAUAACCGGAGCAGAAAUCUUCGAGCGUCAGCGGAGGUACGAGGAUGCCGUAGAUCUCUACUUCACUGUCCUCUCUCAGACGUCAUUCAUGCACAACCGUCGGGGUCUUCAUUGGAAUCGACUCUUGCUUGACGUUGAUGCUCAUCUCAAGAAACCCCACAACUCGCUGGCUCUAGCUCAUAUUGCUCUACGUGAUUCGAUAUACGAUCAACAAAAAUACGAUAUACUCAACAGAGCCAAGCGGAUUUCCGAAAGAUUCCAAGUGAAAACGUCCCUGCCCAAGUUCGUCGUCGCUGCCGAAGCGCCAAUAGAACACAUCAGCGGUAAAUUAAUGCAGAGAGCAAUCAUCGGAAGGAGGAACGUGUUCGCUUCGGUCGACGCCAACGGAGAGAGAGUAGUCGGACCGGAAGAAGUCGCUAUCCAGCAUUACUUGAACGAAGGAUUCUCCAGGGGCGUUCAUGGCGAGACUCCGACGAUGUUGAUGCUCUUCGCCCUAGUCAGCUGGGAUAUCAUCUUCAGUUCGCCCUCGGAGACGGUGCCUGUCGCAACGUCGCCCGAGAAAUACGUGGCCCUCGUCGAAUCAACUGAAGCUGAAGUCAUAAAAGAAGUUUUCUCCAUCGACCUCGAAGAGACCGAGGAAGAGCAGAAGCCGACGACAAGAAAACGUAAACGUGGACAACCGAAAAAGAAGAAGAACGAUUUCCGAGCUGUGAAGCCCUUAGAGCACGGUGUCAGAUUUUACAAGCCUGUCGAAUUCCCGUCCGUCACGCCGGCGUCGAAGAGUCAGGACUUCCGACAGACGGUCUAUGUUUCUGAAUUCCAAUCUGGCCCACUUGAUCUUGGUUAUAAAGAGUUCUAUCACAACAGAAGACGAGCCGUAGACGACUUUUUGGAGUUGUUGAGCCAGAUGACAACCGAUCAGAUUAUUUCGACCGCUUCGAAUAAUUAUGAAAGUCACAACCAGAAGGUCAAUCCCCUUUUCAGCUGGGAGGUAUUGACAAAAGAGGAAGCAGAGACUCUCCUAUCUUGCAUUCCCGUCGGAACAUUGGUGGGAAUUUUCCGCCAGCUCCUGACGGAUUUCAGAUUUUAUCGCUCAGGCUUCCCCGAUAUAAUCAUGUGGAACGAGCAAAUUCGGAAGUGGAAGGUAAUUGAGGUGAAAGGACCGGGGGACACUCUUUCUACGAAACAGAGAUACUGGAUGCAUCUCCUCAUGUCUCUGGGAGUCGAUUGCGUAACAUGUCGAGUUGCUUCCGUUCAUAAUAAGAAAAUAGAGCCGAAAACUGCCGAUUAGUUUAUGGAUAUCUUGUACAUAAGCCAGCUGACUGAAUCAGGUACUCGAAGUGGAAGCCUCAUUUUAUCCUGUGAUCUGCAGCAGUAUGGGUGGAAAGUAAGGAGAGAAUCAACGAGCGGAUCUCCUUGUGAAGGAAACAAAUAAAUUACAUGGUUUAUGAUGUUGA